GCGCUCGAGCUGCUGCGCGUCUCGCCGGCGCAGCCGCUUCGCGCGUGCCUGCUGCCCGCGCAGGCAUACCCGCCGCUCGCGCAGGAGCUGCUCAACGCCGCCUUCCUCUCCUGCUGGUCGCAGCUGACCCCGGACGGGUGCGGCUUGCUCGCCGCGGCGGUCGAGGCGGCGCUCGAGCGCGAGAGCAUGCCGCCCGCGGUGCUGCAAAAGAUGCUCAACCUCGCCGACUUCAUGGAGCUCCACUUGCAGCCGCUCCCCAUCCCCGUCCGCAAGCUCGGGUCGCUGGCCGAGCGCUGCCAGGCCUACGCAAAGGCGGCGCACUACCGAGAGAUGUCGUUCACGCACGCGGCCUUCCGGCACGCCGCCUCGCUCAUCUCGAUCAACAACCAGCUGCAGCUGCCCGAGGCGGCGGCGGGCGUGCUCGCCUUCUCGCGCGACCUCGGCGUAGAGCCGCGCGUCUCGUGGUACGAGAAGUUGGGCCGCUGGUCGGACGCCCUCGCGGCGUACGACCGCAUGUCGCAGUCGGCCGAGGGCGGCGCGGCCGGCGGCAGCAUCGCCGUGCGGCUCGGCUCGAUGCGCUGCCUCCACGCGCUCGGAGAGUGGAGGAGACUCUGCCAGCUUGCGUCCGAGGCGUGGCUGGACCCGGCUCUCGACGCGAGCGGCGGCGAGUCAACGCUGACCCCCGCACCAGGCUCUCUCCACCCCUCCUGA